UGACAAUGUUUUGAUGUUUUGUUUAGUAGAAUUUGAGUCGCCAUGUUGACCAAAUUGCUACUGCUUUUAGUUUAUUUCUUUCUAAUUUUCCUUACCACACGGUUUUUAGAAUUGACAGCAAGCUGGUUUGAGGCAGGAUGCAUAGCUUCACAACUUUUUGAUCCGCUGUCUCUGAGCGUAAGAAAGCUUAAAGCCAUCCUCGACCAGAGAGGAGUGAGUUACAACGGGGUUGUCGAGAAGAGCGAGCUAGCAGACCUUGUUGAGGUCUCGGGAGCAGUUACAGACCCUGAGAGUGCUCUAACAGCACAAGGAAGUAACGACAAUGAGCAAAACUCCGAUGAAUUCACGUUCAAAGGAGCUUCGCACUUUUUUGAAGAAGUUGAAGAUACGAAAGCAGGGAGUUGGCUUGUAGAAGUUAUCCCGGAAAAUCAUAUCCCUUUGCUUCGUCGAAAACAAUGGAGCUUGCUCAAACGUAAAAUGCGCUUGUUUGGCAUUCGGACUGGGAGCUUUAAAUGCGGGGAAGAUCCAUGGUUAUGCCGUAAAUAUAAAUGGAAUAGGCCAUCUCUUGUGUUAUCAAUGCCAAAAGGAAACCAGCCGAAAGGUAACGUCAUUCUACAAACAUAUCAGGCCAAACCGAAUGUCAACAGUGUUCUGCUCUGGAUCAACUCUGAACUUUCCUCAAAAGUGAUCGAACUAGAUUCUACGAACACUCUUAACAAGAUACUUCAAUCAGACAGAGACCCCAACUACAUCUAUGUCGUGUAUCACUCAACAUUAACCGAACCCCCAAUGUUUCUGUCGUCAUUGUCUAUAAAAUUCACGGGUCGAGUAAAAUUUGUCUAUUGCCGUUCCCACUUAAAACACAGAAAGGAAGACAUUAAUUUUGAUGGGUUUAAAGUCCCAUCACUGUUUGUUAUUACACCAGAGAGACGUGUUUUGUUUGGGCUAAAAAAGGGAGAGAUAUAUGACUACUCGUCUUUGGAGUUAUAUCUAAGAACACUCCAUCCUGAAGUAAACGAUUUGUUUUUAGCAGCUCUUGUAAUAACAAACUUGUGCUGUAUGCUUGAGAGUUUUUUGAUACAUGGAGGAAUUCUCAGACGAACAUUCCGCUUGCUGUGCAUGUUGACGUUUUACAACACAAGCCUUAUCAUGCUUUGCCUACCAAUGGUCUGGCUUUUCCAGUUACCAUUCCUCCAGCCUGUGCUAGACUUUACCCUAAAAUGUUGCCGGUGCAUUAUGAGUGGUGACAUUGCCUCACUUCUAAGACACGACUUGAUGUUUUGGAUGAAUUAUGAUUACUUUGUUUUGAUUGGUUAUUUUGUCUUUGGAUUCACCCUUGGUUAUAUACGAAACAAGUACAAAUGCUACUUUGGAGUAGGUGACGAUGAUCUUGAAGACCCAAAUGCGGAUUGGCUUACUCAGGACCUGAAUUACUUCUCUCGCAUACUGCAGUCUUUAUCCCACUGGCAACCUCAGAUCCACCACACUACCUCUGGAUUUGAAGAUGGCUUCGAAAUGCUUGUACGUCGAUUGGCAGUACCAGACCUUUGGCUUCACCCAAUAAUUCCAACAGAUUACAUCAAGCAACUCCCUACCUGGAAUUUCUGCGAUAAAGAUGGUUGUCUGCAGUCCAACCCAGAACACCCCGAGCUGAAUGCCACAGCUGAUUGUCUGCCAUGUUCUGUUGGACGACCUUCCUGGAUGAUACCCUGUGGUGAGUGCGUCAUCUGCCUGGAUGAGUUUAAGCCUGGCUGCACCCUGUUGGGCCUACCUUGCGGUCACUCCUUCCACCAACACUGCAUUGAAGUCUGGCUGGCAGGAGAUAAUACAGCGCCUCAUCACUGCUGCCCUAACUGUAGAUGGCCCGCCUAUAGGGCCAAAUUUCAUGUUCACUAGACUAACUCUCAUUUAUUAUACCAUAAUUGCUUUAUAAGCACCACACAUAAAAGGAAAUGUAUGAAACAGAUUUUGAAAUAAGUGCCUUCCCUCAUUAAGCUACUUGUUACUGACAUUUUACGAGUGCCAUAGUGUUUCUUCAAACAAUUAUGGCAUGCAAAAAUGUAGAUAAACAAUAGGCAGGGUUGACAAAAAUGUAGACUACCAAUAGGUAAUAGUGCUGGCUCCCAACAAGUUUUGCCUGCUGGUGAAGAGUGAAAACAUAGGUAACUUAUGGCUGGUGAACUUAACACCAACUGAAUUGCCUAAUAGACAGGGUGACAAAAUUAAUUUCAACAAUUUUCUGUUGUUUACAUUGUAAGAAUUGCCUACAGUAUAUUUGAGAUCUCAAUAGAAUACACCAAAAACUUGAAUUCGACUCUGCCAAAUUUUCGUCUAAUAAGACUUCUUCAGUUCUGUCUGCCAAAAACUGGGCAGUUUGCCCUGAAUAAGUCUUAUUAAAGACGAAAUUUUGGCAGAGGCGAAUUCUAGUUUUUGGUGUAUUGUAUUCAUUUUUCUGGUUCACGAACACGACUAUUUGGGCUUUUUGUAUUUAUUGAGAUCUCAAUAGAAUACAGUUAGAAGUAAAAACACCAUCAAUUGAGAAUGGCGAGAUGCCCUCAAGCCUAUUACACCUAUCCGCCGAGAUCUACAAAGAAAUGAAAUAGGCUUUUUACACGCAACCACAUUAUAUCAUUCCUGUUUCCUCUGAAUCGUUUCAAGAGCCCGUUGGUGAAAGGAAUUACUUUUAUUUUUUUUAUUUGGAGGUUUGUUUUCUGCUCGUAAUAAUGAAGUUUGUAAUA